CAAAUUAAUCUCUUAUUGAGUGCCUUGAUAGGUUUCAUUGUAUUUCUUUGCAUCAUGGCGGAAUCUGAAGUCAUGGAUUUUGCUAAUGUUUUGGCAGCCGAUAUACCUCUUGCUGUUUCGAAUCUAAACGAUAUCAAAACAAUAGUGAAUCAAGUUAACCAAAUGGUUCGAAACCUAAUUGAUCGAGUUAAAAACAAAGAAUUCCCUACGGCUCAAGGAAUGAGUUUCCUGGAUGUAAAAAACCAACUAUUAUUAAAAUAUUUGAUGGAUUUAAAUUGUCUUUUACUGAAGAAAGUGUCUGGAGAAUCUAUUAAAGCAAGCAGUUCCAUUGAGAGGUUGGUCGAAAUCAGAACUUUAUUGGAGAGAAUGCGACCUGUUGAGCAUAAACUUAGAUACCAGAUUGAUAAACUCCUUAAGAUAGCUACCACUGGGAAGUUUGAGACCACUGAUCCUUUACAAUUUAAGGCUAAUCCAAACAAUUUGAUAAGCAAGGUUGACAAUGAUGAUUCUUCAGAGGAAGAAGAAGAUCACAGGGAUAAGAAAUCAGGAGUUUAUGUCCCACCAAAACUUGUUCCCAUGAAAUAUGAUGGCGAUGAAACUGCUGAACAGCGUUCAACAAAAUUCGCAGACAAAGUUCGACGUCACGCAUUGAGUUCGAGUGCAUUGCAAGGUUUGAAAGAGGAGUUCAUGGAUACCCCAGUGGAAAUUGUUGAGUCAACAGCCAAUACUAGCAAGCAGAGUAUUGCGCGUGAACGUCAAGAACGCCAAGAGUAUGAAGAAACUUACUUCACUCGCUUGCCGUUUACUCGUCAAGAAAGGCACAGCAAUCGUCAACAGUACUCAGCUAAGUCCCUUGCUAGCGAAUUAGCAGGUAUGGGUACUCUUCCCGAGACAAAGCGUAAAAGUCAAGGUGGAAAGAAGAAAGGAGGAUUUAAAAAGAGGCGAAAGAAUUAAGCAUUGAUUGUUUGCCAGUUAUUCAUCUUUUCGUAUUACACAUGUGACUCGAUUAA